AGCGCGCGUGCGGGCGCGUGUCGCGAGCGGCGAGUGGCGUGCGGCGUGUACCGGGUGCGGAGCGGGCCAGCCGCCGGGGUGGCCGCGCGGAGCGGCGCGCGACAUGGGGCGGCGGUAACGGCGCGGAUGUGCGCGCGAUCCGAGGCUGUGGAGCUGGAGGUGCUGGGCGCGGAGGGCGGAGAGCCGCGCGUGCCGCCGCGCCCGCUGCGCCUGUCCCUCCUCGAGCUGCUGGGCAAGCUGGUGCGCCGAGACCAGCCCGCCCCGUCGCACCGCCGCGCUAGGCACAAUCAUCGGUUCCGUACUUUCGUCUCGUGCGAGAAUGAACGGAGAAUCAAAGCGAACAACAGAGAAUACAACGCGCAGUUCCGCUAUGCCAGCAACUUCAUCAAGACAUCGAAGUAUUCGAUCAUAACGUUCCUGCCGCUGAAUCUGCUGGAGCAGUUCCAGCGGCUGGCGAACUUCUACUUCUUGUGCCUGUUGGUGCUGCAGCUGAUCCCGGCCAUCUCAUCGCUCACACCUAUCACUACUGCGAUACCACUGAUCGGUGUACUUGCUCUCACUGCCGUCAAGGACGCGUACGACGAUUUUCAACGUCAUCAAAACGAUUCACAAGUAAACCACAGGCGGGCGAAGACUCUGCGCAAUGGCAAGCUUGUGGAGGAGAAGUGGGCGUCUGUUCAGGUGGGAGACGUCAUCAGGCUGGAGAACGACCAGUUCGUCGCGGCGGACAUUUUGCUCCUCAGCAGCUCGGAGCCCAACGGUCUCUGUUACAUAGAGACUGCCGAGUUGGAUGGGGAGACGAAUUUGAAAUGUCGUCAGUGCCUUUUAGAGACGGCUGCAAUGGGGCAGGACGACGCACAACUGGGUGCUUUCGACGGUGAGAUCGUCUGCGAAACACCCAACAAUCUACUUAAUAAGUUUGAUGGUACGCUGAGCUGGCGCAACCAGCACUUCUCCCUCGACAACGACAAGAUCCUACUGCGUGGCUGCGUACUACGUAACACGCAGUGGUGUUAUGGCGUUGUCGUAUUCGCCGGGAAGGACACCAAACUCAUGCAGAACUCCGGCAAGACCAAAUUCAAGCGCACCAGCAUAGAUAGGCUACUUAAUUUUCUUAUUAUAGGGAUAGUAUUCUUCUUGCUGUCGAUGUGCGUGUUCUGCACGGUGGCGUGUGGCGUGUGGGAGUGGCUGGUGGGGCGCUACUUCCAGGCCUACCUGCCCUGGGACACGCUGGUGCCGGCCGAGCCCACCUGGGGCGCGCUCGUCAUCGCCCUGCUCGUCUUCUUCUCAUACGCCAUCGUCAUGAACACUGUCGUGCCUAUAUCACUCUAUGUCUCUGUAGAGGUAAUAAGGUUUGCCCAGAGUUUCCUCAUAAACUGGGACGAGAAAAUGUAUUACGAAAAGACUGGUACCGCGGCAAAGGCGCGAACUACCACUUUAAAUGAGGAACUUGGCCAGAUCCAGUACAUAUUCUCAGAUAAAACGGGCACUCUCACUCAGAACAUAAUGACGUUCAACAAGUGUUCGAUAGCGGGCGUUUGCUACGGAGACGUCGUGGACGAAACCACCGGUGAAACUAUAGACCUCGCCGAGAGCUCGGAGCCUUUGGACUUCUCGUUUAACCCUGAAUACGAGCCGGAGUUCAAGUUCUUCGACAGCACACUCCUGGACGCAGUGAAGCGAGGCGAUAAGAAUGUCCACGACUUCUUUCGUCUGCUCGCACUGUGUCAUACGGUCAUGCCUGACCAGAAGAACGGCAGGCUGGAGUACCAGGCGCAAUCGCCCGACGAGUCUGCCCUGGUUUCAGCAGCAAGAAAUUUUGGUUUCGUGUUCAGAGAACGCUCGCCUAAUAGUAUUACAAUAGAAGUAAUGGGUAAAACAGAGGUGUAUGAAUUGUUAUGUAUAUUAGAUUUUAAUAAUGUUAGGAAAAGAAUGUCCGUGAUAUUGAGGAAGGAUGGUGAAAUUAGGUUAUAUACAAAAGGUGCUGAUAAUGUAAUAUAUGACAGAUUAAAAAGUGGAAGUCAAACAGAUGUAAAGUCAAAGACACAGGAACAUUUAAAUAAAUUCGCGGGCGAAGGCCUGCGUACGCUGGCGCUGGCGUGGCGUCCGCUGGAGGAGCGCGGCUUCGCGGAGUGGAAGCGGAGGCACCACGCCGCCGCACUGGCGCUCCACGACAGGGACGAACAACUCGACGCCAUCUACGAGGAGAUCGAGACUGAUCUACUGCUCAUGGGCGUAACAGCAAUAGAAGACAAAUUACAAGACGGUGUACCAGAAACAAUAGCGAAUCUCAGUAUGGCCGGCAUCAAGGUGUGGGUCUUAACCGGCGAUAAACAAGAAACAGCGAUAAACAUCGGUUACUCAUGUCAGCUACUCACAGACGACAUGGCGGAGGUGUUCGUCAUAGACGGCGCCUCGUACGACGACGUCGACAGACAGCUCGCCAAGUGCAGGGACAGUAUACGAGUCGUCAACACAUUCAUGCCUCACGGUUCAUCAGAGGCAAAGUCUCCAGGCGAGGCGAACGGCGGGGCGGGCGUGUCGCGCGCGUCCCCCGGCCGCGCCAAUGUGAAACUGAACGCGCCCGCCGUGUCCGUCGUGACAUUUAGGUGGGGACAAUACUCUCGCACUCACUGCAGCAACGAGUACGUGUCCGGUGGCGCCCCCUACUCGGCCGACUCACACGAACACAACGACGACACCAACGGGUUCGCCAUCGUCAUCAACGGACACUCGCUCGUACACUGUCUGCAUCCUAAACUUGAGGAGAAAUUUUUAGAUGUAGUAUUACAAUGUCGAUCAGUGAUCUGUUGUCGAGUGACGCCAUUGCAGAAAGCAAUGGUGGUAGAACUCAUCAAGAAGAGUCGGAAAGCCGUCACGUUAGCCAUCGGGGACGGCGCUAAUGACGUCUCUAUGAUCAAAGCGGCGCACAUAGGCGUGGGUAUAUCGGGGCAGGAGGGCAUGCAGGCAGUGUUGGCGUCCGACUACUCCAUCGCCCAGUUCCGGUUCCUGCAGCGGCUACUCCUAGUCCACGGCCGAUGGUCUUACUAUAGGAUGUGCAAGUUCCUGCGAUACUUCUUCUACAAGAACUUCGCAUUCACCGUCUGUCAUUUCUGGUUCGCGUUUUUCUGCGGAUUUAGUGCGCAGACGGUGUUCGACGAGAUGUUCAUCUCCGUGUACAACUUGUUCUACACGUCGCUGCCGGUGCUGGCGCUGGGCGUGUUCGAGCAGGACGUGUCGGACACGACGUCGCUGCAGUUCCCCAAGCUGUACGCGCCCGGACAUACCAGCCAACUCUUCAACAAGACAGAGUUCAUCAAGUCCACGCUGCAUGGAUGCUUCACCUCGCUCGUCCUCUUCUUAAUACCUUAUGGUACAUACAAAGAUGGUUUGGCACCGGAUGGCUUGAUUCUGUCAGAUCACAUGUUACUAGGAUCUGUAGUAGCAACAAUAUUAAUUAUAGACAAUACAACACAGAUAGCCUUGGAUACGACAUACUGGACAGUGUUUAACCAUAUAACGAUAUGGGGAUCACUGGUGUCGUACUUCGUUCUAGAUUAUUUCUAUAAUUACGCGAUCGGCGGCCCGUACGUGGGCUCGCUCACGGUCGCGCUCACGCAGGCCACCUUCUGGUUCACCGCCGUCCUCACCAUGAUCAUCCUGAUGGUGCCGGUGGUGUCGUGGCGCCUGGCGUGCUCGUGGACGCGGCCGACGCUGGCGGAGCGGCUGCGCGCCCGGCAGCGCUGGCGGGCCGCCGCGCCCGCCCCCCCGGGCCCCGCGGCGCCGAGCCCUGCGGCGCCGGGUCCCUCGCCGCCGGGCCCUGCGCGGGCGCCGACGCAGAACCUGGCGACGGUGGACUUAUGA